AUGUGUGACAAAGACGAGUUUAUACAGUCCUCUCUCCAGGCCGAGGGGGAGGCUGACUGUGACCCAAGACACGAGGUACUACAGGACGAUGCCAGCACUGAGGGUCCACGCCAAAGACCUGAAGAAUGUAAUAGUCAUCCUUGCAACUUGAGAGAAAACGAGAAGGAACGGGAGAGCGGAGUGGAAUUGAUGGAAGACCUUUUGGGAAGUGCACCUUAUAGUGAUGCAAUAAACUCGGGGGCUAGUGAAGAUGAUGCGGGGUGUGCGGUAAUUACUAGCACUGGUCAAGAAGAGAGUGAAGCCAUUGCCUGCACUGCCACACACGCUGAGCUCAACCUUACUACCAACAGUGACAGCAGUGACUAUGGGGACAGCACUCAACAAGAACCCACUCAAGAACCUACUCAAGAACCCACUCAUGGUAUUACUAAUGAGAAAGUGCAGUCCGACGUUACUAGUCAAGAGGAAUUAGAACCAAUAAGUAGAGGCCAAAAUGAACCAGAACCCUUUACAACAACGAGUCAAGAGGAAACCAUCAUAGAGGCUAGCCAAGAGGAACUCAUCAGGAAUACACAGGAGGAAAAAGGACAUCCAGUUAUUAGCCAAGAAGAACAGACCAGAACUACUAGCCAAGAGGAACCACAGCCCACCACAGUCACUAGCCAAGAGGAACCACAGCCCACCACAGCCACUAGCCAAGAGGAACCACAGCCCACCACAGCCACUAGCCAAGAGGAGCCACAGCCCACCAUAGCCACUAGCCAAGAGGAACCACAGCCCACCACAGCCACUAGCCAAGAGGAGCCACAGCCCACCACAGCCACUAGCCAAGAGGAACCACAGCCCACCACAGCCACUAGCCAAGAGGAACCACAGCCCACCACAGCCACUAGCCAAGAGGAACCACAGCCCACCACAGCCACUAGCCAAGAGGAACCACAGCCCACCACAGCCACUAGCCAAGAGGAACCACAGCCCACCACAGCCACUAGCCAAGAGGAACCACAGCCCACCACAGCUAGCCAAGAGGAACCACAGCCCACCAUAGCCACUAGCCAAGAGGAACCACAGCCCACCACAGCCACUAGCCAAGAGGAGCCACAGCCCACCAUAGCCACUAGCCAAGAGGAACCACAGCCCACCACAGCUAGCCAAGAGGAACCAGAACAACCUGAGCCUACCACAGCCACUAGCCAAGAGGAACCACAGCCCACCACAGCCACUAGCCAAGAGGAACCACAGCCCACCACAGCCACUAGCCAAGAGGAACCACAGCCCACCACAGCCACUAGCCAAGAGGAACCACAGCUCACCACAGCCACUAGCCAAGAGGAACCACAGCCCACCACAGCCACUAGCCAAGAGGAGCCACAGCCCACCACAGCCACUAGCCAAGAGGAACCACACCCACCACAGCCACUAGCCAAGAGGAACCACAGCCCACCACAGCUAGCCAAGAGGAACCACAGCCCACCACAGCUAGCCAAGAGGAACCACAGCCCACCACAGCUAGCCAAGAGGAACUACAGCCCACCACAGCCACUAGCCAAGAGGAACCACAGCCCACCACAGCCACUAGCCAAGAGGAACCACAUCCCACCACAGCCACUAGCAAAGAGGAACCACAGCCCACCACAGCCACUAGCCAAGAGGAACCACAACCCACCACAGCCACUAGCCAAGAGGAACCACAGCCCACCACACCCACUAGCCAAGAGGAACCACAGCCCACCACAGCCACUAGCCAAGAGGAGCCACAGCCCACCACAGCCACUAGCCAAGAGGAACCACAGCCCACCACAGCCACUAGCCAAGAGGAACCACAGCCCACCACAGCCACUAGCCAAGAAGAACCAGAACAAACUGACCCCACCACAGCCACUAACCAAGAGGAACCACAGUCCACCACAGCCACUAGCCAAGAGGAACCACAGCCCACCACAGCCACUAGCCAAGAGGAAAUAA